AUGUUCAUCAACCGUUGACUAUUUUCAACAAAUCACAAAGACAUCGGAACUCUAUACCUCAUUUUUGGAGCCUGAGCAGGAAUAGCAGGAACAGCCCUAAGCAUUCUUAUUCGAACAGAAUUAGGCCAACCCGGCUCUCUACUAGGAGACGACCAGAUCUAUAAUGUGGUUGUAACUGCCCAUGCCUUCGUCAUAAUUUUCUUCAUGGUAAUACCAAUAAUGAUUGGGGGUUUCGGAAACUGACUUGUUCCAUUAAUAAUUGGCGCUCCAGAUAUAGCCUUUCCACGAAUAAAUAACAUAAGCUUCUGACUCCUUCCCCCCUCAUUUCUUCUUCUACUUGCAUCAUCUAUAGUGGAAGCCGGGGCCGGAACAGGUUGAACAGUAUAUCCACCCCUAGCCGGAAACUUAGCCCAUGCAGGAGCAUCAGUAGACCUUACAAUUUUCUCCCUCCACUUAGCUGGGGUAUCAUCAAUCCUAGGAGCAAUUAAUUUUAUUACCACUAUCAUCAAUAUAAAACCACCAGCCAUAACACAAUAUCAGACACCACUAUUUGUGUGAUCUGUACUAAUUACAGCCGUACUGCUUCUUCUCUCCCUCCCUGUCCUAGCUGCAGGCAUCACUAUACUUCUAACAGAUCGAAACUUAAAUACAACCUUCUUUGAUCCUGCUGGAGGAGGUGAUCCAAUCCUCUAUCAACACCUAUUCUGAUUCUUCGGACACCCCGAAGUCUAUAUCCUCAUCCUACCAGGAUUCGGCAUUAUCUCACACGUUGUUACAUACUACUCAGGAAAAAAAGAACCAUUCGGCUACAUAGGAAUAGUAUGAGCUAUAAUAUCAAUUGGAUUCCUAGGCUUUAUCGUGUGAGCACAUCACAUAUUCACAGUAGGACUUGAUGUGGAUACCCGAGCUUACUUCACAUCUGCCACUAUAAUUAUUGCUAUCCCAACCGGGGUUAAAAUCUUCAGCUGAUUAGCCACACUACAUGGAGGAAAUAUCAAAUGAUCUCCAGCUAUACUAUGAGCACUGGGGUUUAUUUUCCUAUUUACUGUAGGAGGACUAACAGGAAUUGUCUUAUCUAACUCCUCCUUAGAUAUUGUACUUCAUGAUACAUAUUAUGUAGUAGCUCAUUUCCACUAUGUACUAUCGAUAGGGGCUGUAUUCGCUAUCAUAGCCGGAUUCAUUCAUUGAUUCCCCCUAUUCUCCGGCUACACUCUAAACGAUACCUGAGCAAAAAUCCAUUUUACUAUUAUAUUUGUAGGAGUUAAUAUAACAUUUUUUCCACAACAUUUUUUAGGUCUUUCAGGAAUACCCCGACGAUACUCAGACUACCCAGAUGCCUAUACUACAUGAAAUAUGGUAUCCUCCAUAGGAUCUUUCAUCUCCUUAACAGCAGUCCUAGUUAUAAUUUUUAUUAUCUGAGAGGCUCUAGCUUCAAAACGAGAAGUAAUCUCAAUUCCAUACUCUUCUACAAAUUUAGAGUGACUACACGGCUGCCCUCCACCAUAUCAUACAUUUGAAGAACCCACAUUUGUAAAAGUAAAAUAA